AUGCGAGGCCAGCGUGUGGCGGAGAGCGCGUGCAGGUGCUGGAACCCGGCCGUCUGGCUGCUGGUGUCCCUGCUGGGGUCCAUCGUCUUGGUGGCCGUCAGCGUGCUGCUGCGACUCGGAGACAUGAAAAUCAGCAGACGGGCUCUAACUCCCACGGUUGGCCCGGGGGCAGCGCCGACUCCCAACACGCACACAGGCAUCGGUCUUUUUAGCCGGCAGCGAGGCUCUUCACCGCCUCCCUGCUUCUCCACAGGCACCCAGCGAGCCAGCCCGCUGCCUCCCAUCUUCCUGAUUGUGAACGCUGCCAAUUAUGUUAAAAAGGGCAACUGGCCAAGUAGGAAGUACCCAGGUCUCUGCCAAAACGCUCCCCGUGAGUCUUCACCUAAUCUCAUUACAUCCCAUUACUGCCGAGCCAGAGCACAAUGUGGAGAUGGUGUGAAUGCGGCUCGGUGUAUUAAAGAGGCCACGCGCUGUCAAGUCCUCAGACGUUACUCCCUGAUGAGAAUCUGCAGGAUGGCACAGGACAGACGCUGCUUCGCUGUCGCUGUCCUGCACGUUCAGGCUGGCCGAGUUAUCGCUGUCAGUGAAUACAGUCUCACAGAGGCAGGUCUGUGGUACACAGAAGAAGAGAUUCGACAGAAAGUGAGCACGUUCAGACAGAUGCUGAUGGACAAAGAGGGCGUCAUCACCAGAGAGGGCUCACACACACAACCUGUGGUCAACCACCUGCACUAUCAGCCUGACGGGUAUGAAGAGGACCCUGAACUGGUUGCCUAUGAAGACGGAGGCUAUGACCACGACUACCACAGCGACAACCGAGUGAAGAGGAAAUCAAGCAGCUCUCCAUCCCCGCGUCCAAAGAAAAGGAAGAAGAAGAAAUCUGGCCGCCAGAAGGAGAGGUUCGGCAGCUCGUCGCCAACUCACAGAGAGAAGAAGAAAAAGAGCGGGAAGAAACACAAGAGAGACAGAUCUGCAUCCGGCUCCAGGAAAAAGAGGAGAUACAGAUCUGGCAGCCCAAAGAACAAACACAAAGACAAGAACAAACAGAAGAAGAGGUCCCCUGGUGAGACCCCCGGCAGGAGUUCCCAGCGUCAAGGCAGCUGCUGCAGCUCCCGCAGCGCCUCCCUGUCCUCCACACGAAGCACCUCCAAAUCUCCUGCCAGACUGAACUCCAAGCACAAGACGGAUGGACAGAAGGCGUCCGGCACCUCGCUGUCCCCGGGCACCAACACUCCCGCCGCCUGGCACAACGGCGACCAUACCCAGCAGCGGAGCCGCAACGGCAAGGCCGGCAGACUCAACCACGGCGAGGGCGAGAAAGGGCACGAUAAGCUCCGUCUGCUGACCGCGAGCUCUGCAGGCGUCCAGUCCGCCCUGCUGAGAGAGCACAGGCUCCACAGCGCCCCCAGCAGGAGCCAGGCAGGACAGAUGUGCGCGGCGGGAGAGGCUGGGAGUGUGGACGGCAGGAGCGCAGCUGUAGGGAACUCCGUAACCCAGACAUCAGGGAGGAGAGGGAGCCAGAGAGGCCAGAAUAAGACCUCCCACUCCCCCGCUCACAGCAGCGACUCGGCCCACUCCCAGCACAACCACACCCACAGAGGGAGGAGCUCUCGGCAUCAGAGAAAGACAAAAGGGGGCCACUCUUCCAAGCGUCACCACCGCUCGAGUCGGGGCCAGGCACACCACCGGAGCCCGUCUGCAUCUCCGGGACGCCACCCGCACACGUCGGGCAGGAAGAAGGAGGAGUCUCGGAGCAGACCCGACGUCCGGCAGCGCAGCAGCUCCUGGAGCAGCGGACACUCGUCCUCACGCUCCGCCUCCAGAGACAGAGGCCCCAGCAAGGCCAAGUCCCCGCACAACAGACAGAACAACUCCAGAGAGAGGGACAGCCCCAACCGCUCGGACACCGACAGCCGAGCUCGCCGCCGCUCACGCAGCUACUCGCCCAUUCGCAAACGAAGAAGAGAUUCACCGAGCUUCAUGGAGGCUCGCAGGAUCACCAGCGCUCGGAAGCGUCCGAUCCCGUACUACCGGCCCAGUCCUUCGUCGUCCAGCUACGACAGCAGCCCGUCGCGGUCCAGCCGCAGCCGUAGCCGCAGCUACAGCAGCUACAGCCGCAGCAGGAGCCACAGCCGGAGCCACAACCGGAGCCACAGCAGGAGCCGGAGCCGAAGCCGGAGCUGGAGCCGGAGCCGCAGCCAGAGCCGGAGCUGGAGCCGCAGCCGGAGUCGCUCCCGCAGCAAACACAGCUACUACAGCCGCAGCAGCUACGACAGCCCCGGCUUCUGAGCGCUCGACAAACGAGAGGAGGAGAAGUUAAAUUUACUGGUUCGGUUUUAAUCUCUAACAAGCCCUCCGCAGACUGCUGUCAAAUCCAGGGCCCCAAACUCCUCCUCGGCCCCGUCCUCUCUCCCUCAGACAGAGCCCGGAUCAAAGAGGAGAAACGUCUUUUCAUAUAGCACACUAAGUAUGAAAUUGGCCGUCACUGCUCACAUCUAAACAAAGUAUUAACGGAAAAGGGUCGCCACGUGUCCGAAAUUAACCCUUUAAAACCUGGGUCCUCAUCACUUUUCUCGUGCAGCUCUCAGACGCCUCUUCGAGUAAUUUAACCUUUAAAAUCGAAACAAGUUGGUUUGAUUUCGCUCAGAAAC